GGGACACGCACUCUCUCAGCUCCACAGCAUCGCAUCUUUUUUGCAGUUAUUUUACGGCAUAAAUAUGAUCCAUAUAUGCUUUUCUCGCGUUCUUCGGGAUCAGUCAUAUAACACUCUUCUAACGGAGCAAGCAUCAAAGUAAUUUGGAAGGUACGAAUGGAACGAUCAGCUUGGUUUUUGCCACUGCCAUUGCUGUUAGCAUCACUAAUCACAACAGCUAACGCUCUAUACGGCGCCUCAUCUCCCGUCGUUCAGUUGAGCCCUUCGAAUUUCAAGUCCAAGGUGCUGAAUUCGAAUGGCGUAGUGUUUGUAGAGUUCUUUGCCCCCUGGUGCGGUCACUGUCAGGCUCUAACACCCACGUACGAGAAGGUCGCCUCUGUCUUGAAAGGCGUAGUCACUGUCGCGGCACUCGAUGCCGAUGCUCACAAGUCCCUUGCUCAGGAAUAUGGCAUUAAGGGGUUUCCUACGAUUAAGGUUUUUGUAGCGGGAAAACAGCCUGUUGAUUAUCAAGGAGCAAGAGAGGUAAAACCCAUGGUUGAUUUCGCGAAGGCACAGAUUAGGGAGUUGUUGAAGGAUCGGUUAGAUGGAAAAACAGCAGGAGGGUCAUCUCAAAAGUCUGAACCUAGUGCAUCAAUUGAGUUGAACUCAAAAAACUUUGAUGAUUUGGUGCUUAAAAGCAAAGAACUAUGGAUUGUGGAGUUCUUUGCACCAUGGU